UUUCACUUGCAGCCAACAUUGCAGCAGCAUUAACUGGCCUGGUGUGGUUCUUCACAUACGUGCCAUACAUGUUCCUGCGACCACGUUAUGCCACCCUUACACUCACCAACAAGAUUAUACUUUGCCUUCUCUCCAAUACUGCAAUGAGUCUUGGAUGCCAGCUGACUUCCAUGUUUGAAGGUACUGGCUCAGGCAUACAGUGGAAUCUGCUCUUCACUGGGGUGUCUCCUGAUGAUUCCUUUACCUUGGCUCAUGUGUUUGGUAUGCUCAUCUUGGACAGCAUAAUCUUCUCACUGUUGACGUGGUAUAUUGAAGCUGUGUGGCCAGGAGAGUUUGGGGUUCCACAACCCUGGUAUUUUCCAUUUACAAGAAGUUACUGGCUUGGGAGACAUGCAGACAAUGUACAUCAUAUUGUAAUGAACCCCGCUGCACAGAAUUCUGGAUUCUUUGAGGAGGAACCACAUGGAAAACAUGCUGGUGUGCAAGUUGAAGGUCUUACCAAGGUCUUCACACCUACUAAUAAGAUUGCAGUAAACAACAUGUUCCUGAAUAUGUAUGAUGGCCAGAUAACUGUGUUGUUGGGCCAUAAUGGAGCUGGCAAGACAACGACAAUGUCCAUGUUAACAGGUCUCUACCCACCAACAUCUGGCACAGCAUAUGUUGGAGGAUAUGACAUAGUAAAAGAGAUGGGGGCAGUGCGACAUUCUUUAGGAUUAUGUCCACAGCAUGAUGUUUUGUUUGAUGAGCUGACAGUUGCUGAACACAUUCAGUUCUUUAGUAAGUUGAAAGGACUGUCUAGUAAUAAAGUGGAGGCUGAGGUGAACAACAUAAUUGAGAAGCUUAAACUGGACAACAAGAAACACGCCAUGUCAAAAACCUUGUCUGGAGGAAUGAAACGAAAACUUUCCGUUGGUAUUGCACUUUGUGGUGGAAGUCGUGUUGUCUUCCUGGAUGAACCCACAUCGGGCAUGGAUCCAGGUGCACGCCGACUUAUCUGGGAUUUACUUCAGGAAGAAAGAUCUGGGCGUACUAUACUUCUCACAACACACUUCAUGGAAGAAGCUGAUCUCCUUGGAGAUCGAAUUGCCAUAAUGGCUAAUGGUGUUGUUCAGUGCUGUGGUUCAUCCUUGUUUUUAAAGAGGCGUUAUGGUGCUGGGUAUCAUCUCAUUUUAGUUAAGGAGAAGGGAUGUGAUGUUCAUGCAAUUACUGAUGUGUUAAAGGCUCACAUUCCUGAUGUUGAACUGGACCAGAAUGUUGGAGCAGAGCUCUCCUAUGUACUUCCAAAUGCUGAUGUGGCAAAAUUUGAAAAUUUAUUCCUUCAUCUUGAAAAGCAGAAAAAAGACCUGAAAAUUUCCAGUUUUGGUGCAUCUCAGACUACUAUGGAUGAAGUCUUUUUGAAAGUUGGUAAAACAAGUGAUUCAGAAAUCAGUGGUCACCUGCACAAAGUUGUUGCAUCAACACCAAGCAAGAAGAGCAAAGCUAACGGAACACUACCAGUACAUGUUGUAGGUCAUGAGAAUGGACUCUUACUUGACAUUGAGCAAGGUGACCAAGUACUAGUAGAAGAGAAUGAUAUGCAACACAAUCAAGGGAGAGUGACAGCCACUUGGUUUAAUGCAGCCAUUCAGCGUGUCACACUUGUCAUUGAAAAUGCCAAGGGUGCAGUGUCUAACCAGCUACAGUCAUCAACACCACGACGUGUUCCACUUCAGAGAAACAUCGGAUGUUUUCUUCUCAUGCAGCAGUUCAGGGCAAUGCUUGUCAAAAAGAUCCUCUACACAUUUAGAAACAUACUUCUGACUCUAGCCCAGAAUAUCAUCCCAAUUGCUUUCUUAAUUCUGGCUUUAGUUGUUGUCCAAACUCUGCCUGGAGUCAAUGAUUCACCACCUCACUUUCAGUUUUCUCUUGAUAAAUUUGAUGGAACUGUUACCACCUUACAAGUUCUUGAAUCAAAUAAUUAUACCCAAGAUUUAGAGCAAGCUUUUGAGAAGAGUUUGUGUGGGCAUAACAAGAAACUAGUAAUCCAGCCAGAUACUAAUUUCUCAACAUUCAUCCUAAAUCAGGCCAGCAGUGAUCUUCCAUCUUUCAACCAGCACUGGAUGGUUGGUCUUCAGAUUGAAGGUACUGAAGAUGGAGCUAACAUCUUAGCACUUUUCAACAACCAGCCAUUUCACACUCCACCAUUAGCUUUGACCAUGGCAGACAACGCAGUAUUACGAGUUAUGACAGGCAAGAAGAAUGUCACUGUUUCAACGGUUAAUCAUCCUUUACCUAGGACUGAUAUAGAAAAGUUGACACAAGACCAGCGGCAGAAUCUAGGUUUUCAAAUUGGCUUUAAUUUGGCCUUUGGGAUGUCCUUCUUAGCAGCUUCAUUUGUCAUUUUUGUCAUCCAAGAACACAGUACUAAAGCAAAACAUCUUCAGUUUGUAUCUGGUGUAAAUUUCGUCACCUACUGGACCGCAUCGGCACUGUGGGACUUCAUCUUGUUUAUAAUUCCUUGUUGUUUAUGUCUUCUGUGUCUCUUUUUGUUUGGUCUGAAGGGUUUAAGUGAAGGAGAGCAACUGGCAAGAAUCCUGCUGAUAUUUGUUCACUAUGUCUGGGUGACCUUGCCUCUGAUGUAUCUCUGCUCAUUCUUCUUCACUGUGCCAUCAGCUGGAUUUACUAGGAUGAUUAUCAUAAAUAUAAUUUCUGGCAUGGCUACUGUCAUCACAGUGACCAUCCUUCGCAUACCAGACCUGCAACUUGGCCAUGUAGCAAAUUUACUGGACUGGAUUUUUCUUCUCUUCCCAUCAUAUGCUAUGGCUACUGCUAUUACUGAAGUCUAUAGUAAUUUUAGAUCUACAGAAAUAUGCAACCGCUCAGCUGUCAGUUUAAUAUGCUCCUUGGGUAUUGCUCCAAACCCUUGUUGUAGAGAAGCUGACAAAUGUGGCACCUUUGGUUGUGUGAGCUGGAAUGAAGAUUUUCUGGCCUGGGAAAAGCUUGGCAUUGGCAGGAUGUUGGUCUUCAUGGGUGUGGAAGGAAUUGUGUUCUACCUCAUGAUUGCCUUGACUGAAAUGAAGUUUUUUCACAGAAUAAGAUACUCAGUAUCUAGAAUCUGGCACAAAGUGGCCAUUAAACCCAUAAAAGAUGUGGAGUUUGAGGCUGCCUCUCAGGUGGUUGAAGACGAAGAUGUCAAAGCUGAACAUUUGCGUAUCCAUAAUACUCCUGUGCAACAACUUCAAGAUACUGAUAAGCUCAUUUUUGUUGAUCUGUGUAAAACAUACGAUGGAGACUUGAUGGCAGUGAAUCACCUCAAUCUUGGGGUACCUUUAGGCGAGUGUUUUGGACUUCUUGGAAUCAAUGGAGCGGGCAAAACCACAACAUUCAAGAUGCUUACUGGGGACCUCCCAGUGUCCUCUGGUAAUGCAUUUGUGAAUGGUUACAGCAUCAGAACUGAUCUGAAGAAGUCUGGAAUGAAUUAUGGCCGAAACUCGGGGUACCACUGUAUGUCUGUUUCAAAAUUACCACUUAUAGUUUUGGUUAUAUUUUCUGAUUUCUUUGGUUAUUAUUUCUUGUCAAGUGGAGGAAACAAGCGCAAGCUAAGCACUGGUGUGGCUCUGAUAGGUGAUCCUCCACUUGUGCUACUUGAUGAACCUUCAUCAGGAAUGGAUCCUGUAGCACGAAGAUUACUCUGGGAUGUCCUGGCAUCUGUUCGGGAUUCUGGCAGGAGCAUUAUACUCACUUCUCAUAGCAUGGAAGAGUGUGAGGCGCUCUGCACUCGUCUGGCCAUCAUGGUCAAUGGCAAGUUUUGCUGUUUAGGCUCACCACAGCACUUGAAGAGCAAGUUCAGUGAUGGAUACUCCGUCAACAUCAGGGUUCAUAUGUCCAGUUCUGAAGAUGGUCAAGACCCCAGCCUUACAGAGAUGCCACCAGAAAUGCUGAUUGUUAAACAGUUUAUUGAUAAAAACUUCCCAGCAAAUAGCUUGCGAGAAAUGCAGUGGGGCCGGAUGGAAUAUUUCAUCCCUAUUGAGGGGUUCACGUGGUCAUCAGUGUUUGGCACCAUAGAAAGAAAUCAUCAUGAGUUGCCAAUUGAUGAUUAUUCUGUUACCCAGACCACACUUGAAAGGGUUUUCUUAUCCUUCACACGUGGACAGAGACCUGAUAAGAAUGACAACAGAUAAAGGAUAAAUGUAAUUUAAUUUAAUUUAAAAAAAUAGUGUAAAUUUGGAAAAAUUAUAGUAAAAAAAAAAGUCAGAAUAUAACCUGUCAGUAAUGCUGUACAUUUAAAGUAUUGAACUUAGUUUUAAUAGUGACAGACUAAGAAAUUAACAAUUCUCUGAAUAUUAAUUUCAACUGAUACUAGUCAUGAAAUGGAAUUUACAAUAUAGGGAACUUGAGGUUUGGCUGAAUAUAUUAAACUAUUUUUGAAAAACCUAAAGGUAUCCAUUAGUGGUCUUAGUAAUAUGUUCUCUCAUGUGAUGUGCAGUGCUUAAAAUAUACGUAUACUCGAGUGUAGAUCAAGGUUUUUAAGACCAAAUAUUUUAUAAAAAACUAGAGGUAGACCUCUUCAUUAGUAAUUCUUUUGAGAGGUUGAAAUCUCUACAUAUUAAGGGCCUAUCACACUAAAUUCCUACUUUUUUGGUACGUUGAAAGCAAAAACCACACUUGGUAACCAUAUUUGACCUUAAAUAUAUAUAAAACAAAUAA